UUCUUAAUAUAAUGUUUGAGACUGAUGAAGAUUAAUCUCAUGGUGGGAAGGUUUUAAGAGGAUCUCUUGCAUAAAAAAACAAAAAACAAAAACUUAGAGCACUAGUUGAUUUUGUGACUUGUGCCUCAUUAAUACUUUCCCUCCUCACAGCUUCCCCAAUCUUUGAGCUGUUUCUGUUUCUCUCUCUGCUCUGCUCCAGACAGACUCUCAGACAAGGACAUCUUUGGUUACUACUACUGUUAGGUUCCUCUCACUCUCACUCUCACUUUCAGACUCUCUCUAUCUCUUCACAUUGCAAUGGGUUUUCCCAAGUCACCAGCGCCACCUACACCUCCGCCAUCCUCCGCCACCAAAUCCAAAUCCUCCUUCACUCGCACCAUCGGUGCCUACUUCCCUCGCUCUUCCGCUCAGGUUCAGCCCCGUCCCCCCGACGUCACCGACCUCCUCCGCCUCGUCGAGGACCUCCGCGAGAGAGAGUCUCGCCUCAAAACCGAGCUCCUCGAGUACAAGCUCCUCAAGGAAACCGCCGCCAUUGUCCCCAUUCUCGAGAACGAGAUCAUCUCCAAAGACGCAGAACUCGAAAGCAACGCCGAGAAGUUGGAACAACUGGAAGCAGAGAACCAGAGGCUCAUGAAGGAGCUGGAAGAGGAGAAGACAGAGCAUCAACGGAAAACCAAGGCAUUGGAGGAUGAGAUAGCGGAACUCAAGAAAACGGCGUCGGAUCGCGCUAGUAACAGAACGGUGGUGGAAAAUGACAAUGACGACGACGGCGUUUCUUCCUCUGCUUCGUCGCAGGGGUUUCAAGGACUGGUGGAGGUGACGGCGAGGUCGAGUCUUAUCAGGAGCUUGAGGAAAACAGCGUCGUUGGAUCAUGCAAGUGGAAACCAGAAGCAGGUUGAAGCUCAAAGUGAAAAACCGCGUCACUCGCCGCCGUGUGACUCGGAGGAACUCGCUAACUCAGUUAUAACAACUAGAUCGCGCGCGCCUCGCAUUCCUAAACCGCCGCCGAGACCGUCGUCGUCAUCUCAUUCUCCGCCCUCUGUCACUACUGAGCAAGGAACUCUGCAACUAGCACCUCCGCCACCGCCGCCUCCGCCCAAGGCUGCGUCCAAGACUGCUCCUCCGCCUCCUCCUCCGCCGCUGCCGAAGGCAAGCAAGCGGCUCACAGCGAAGGUCACGAGGGAACCGGAGGUUGUGGAGUUUUACCACUCUCUAAUGAGGAGAGAAUCGCAGUCCAGGCGGGAGUCGAGUUCCGGCGUGGCGGAGGUGCCGCCGUCGGCGGCAAAUCCACGGGACAUGAUCGGAGAGAUUGAGAACCGCUCAACUCACCUGCUAGCGAUCAAAACUGAUGUGGAAACACAAGGAGAUUUUAUUAGAUGCUUAAUCAAAGAAGUGGAGGGUGCUGCAUUUACCGACAUUGAAGAUGCUGUGCUCUUUGUUAAAUGGCUUGAUGAUGAGCUCUCCUACUUGGUGGAUGAAAGAGCAGUGCUGAAACACUUUGAUUGGCCGGAGCAGAAAGCCGAUGCUUUACGUGAGGCUGCAUUUGGGUAUUGUGAUCUGAAGAAGUUAGAAUCCGAGGCCUCGUCCUUCCGGGAUGAUCCUCGGCAGCCAUGUGGUCCAGCACUCAAGAAGAUGCAGGCUCUAUUGGAAAAAUUAGAGCAUGGGGUUUACAAUAUCUCAAGAAUGAGGGAGGCAGCAACAAAUAGAUACAAAGGCUUCCUAAUACCUGUACAUUGGAUGCUUGAUAAUGGUUUUGUGAGCCAGAUGAAGUUGGCGUCGGUAAAAUUAGCUAUGAAGUACAUGAGAAGAGUCUCUGCUGAGCUUGAGACAAUUGGUGGUGGUCCUGAAGAAGAAGAGCUCAUUAUCCAAGGAGUUAGAUUUGCAUUUCGAGUACAUCAGUUUGCUGGGGGCUUUGAUGGAGAGACAAUGAAGGCAUUCCAAGAAUUGAGAGUUAAAGCAUGCCAUCUUCAGUGCCAUAGCCAGCAACAAAAAUUCUUUUACAGGCCUGCAACAUGCUAGUGCUGGAGCAAACUUAGCUUCAAAAUGUCUUUUUCUGUUGUGUAGACAGUGACAUUUUGUUUGUGAAUAGAAUGAUAAUAGUAUCAGCCAUGAACGUAUUACUAGUGCUGGAACUCUUCAUGACUUCAUCCAUUCAUUAAUUGCUUGAAAAGGGAAACAGGAGUUACAGGACAGUCAUACCAGUUCACUGAUUUCUGUUAAGACAGUAACAUUAAUUUGUUUCCUGCCGUUGUGGAUUUCCUUGAAAAUUCAAAUUCAAUUCUGAGUGAACCUAAGAAAUAAAUGAAAAAAUAGUACAACAACGAUUUAAUG